UGCCUCCCCCUGUCCCCCUUCCCCUGCUUCCAAAGCCCACCCCCUUUUCACGUCCCACAUUGCGUAUACGCAAACACAAAAACCGAAAGCGAAUGCACCGAAAGCCGCAGUAUCCAUUCGCACGUCACGUGGCAACAAUCAUGUCUUAAAGGCAGCACUCGGAAUCGAACAGUAUGGAAAGCAGCUGGGUUUUCAAUACAGUGAUAGUGACAGUGAUUGUGAUCUGUGGGAUUGGCCUGAUCGGGGGUCAGAGGUCGCCGUUGAUAGACUCAGUUUGCCAGGCGGUACAGAGGCAGCAACUCGAAUGUCAAGUGCAUCGCGUGGAGACUGCCGAUGGAUAUAGGUUGAGUCUACACCGGAUUCCCGCUCCCCGGAGUCCCCGGUGCCCGCAGCAUCUGCGCCCCUUUGUCCUGAUGCACGGCCUCCUCGGAUCCGCCGGGGAUUUCGUGUCGGGGGGGAGGGGAAGAUCGCUGGCUCUGGAGCUCCAUGCCCGUUGCUUUGACGUCUGGCUGGGAAAUGCCAGGGGCACUACCCAUUCCCGCGGGCAUCGCACUCUAGCAACGAGCGAUGCCCGUUUCUGGCAGUUCAGUUGGCACGAGAUUGGCGUCUACGACCUGCCCGCCAUCGUGGACUACGUGCUGGCCAGGACGAAUCGCCGGCAGGUGCACUACGUCGGCCACUCGCAGGGGACCACUGUGCUCUUGGUCCUGCUGUCUCAGAGGCCCGAGUACAAUGUGCGGUUCGCCAAUGCGGCUCUGAUGGCUCCGGUGGCCUUUCUCCAGCAUCUCAGUAGUCCGCCACUGCGUUUGCUGGCCAGUGACAGUGUCGGGGUCACGCUGCUGCUGAAUAAACUUGGCCUCCACGAACUGCUCCCGGCGACGGCGCUGACCCAGGUGGGCGGCCAGUUCUUCUGCACUGCCACCCGACCCACCUACGCCCUCUGCACCCUCUUCACCUCCCUUUACGUGGGCUUCAGCGACUAUCCAUUGGAUCGUAACAUCUUGCCACGCAUCCUGGAGAACACGCCGGCGGGCAUUUCGCGGGGCCAACUGCAGCACUUUGGGCAGCUCAUCAAUAGCGGCAAAUUCCAGCAGUACGACCAUCGCUCCCCGAGACUCAAUACGCUGCGAUACGGCCAGGCCACGCCCCCCUCAUAUCAGUUGGCCAAUGUUCGCCUGCAGCUGCAGAUCUUCCACGGCAACCGGGACGCGCUGUCCAGUCAGGCGGAUGUGCAGCGUUUGGUUCGAGAGCUGCGGAACAGCAACAGCCAGAUGUAUCAGGUGCCCGGCUAUAAUCACAUUGACUUUCUGUUCGCCUCCUCGGCAACCCAAAUGGUCUACGAACGAAUUAUUCAACAGGCCUGGCAGCUGGACGCGGCGGCGCUUCAAGGCAGCUGAUGAUUUAUGAAAGUGGGUGGAAAUCGGGGGCAACGAAUACCUUGCGAUGGCAAUAAAUAAGUUCCAUCAAACGUGCGGACUGACAACGCUUGCCCUUUAUUGAAAUAUUCUUAGCUCGCUUCGAUUUACAUUUAUAUUUUGUAUACGAAAAACAAACUCAAACGAACUAAAAAGAUAAACUUGGAUAAACAGACCUCAUAAGCUUCAUACUUUACACUAAGCAAUUGCGGUAAUCAAAAUGUACAUCGUUUGUAAAUUAACUG